AUGGGGACUGAAAACUACACAAUUGUUACAGAGUUCCUUAUUUUGGGAUUAGCAGAAGAUGCUACAGUUUGUGCCAUUUUAUUUUCUGUGUUUCUAGGAGUCUAUUCUGUCACCUUAGUGGGUAAUGUCAGCAUAAUCAUGCUCAUCAGGAAAAGCCCCAAGCUGCACACCCCAAUGUACCUUUUCCUCAGCCAUUUGGCCUUUGUCGACAUUGGGUACUCCUCAUCAGUCACACCAGUCAUGCUCGUGGGCUUCCUCCACAAAGGAACUUCUGUCCCCGUGGCUGGCUGUGCGGCUCAGCUCUGUUCUGUGGUGAUGUUUGGGACAGCUGAAUGUUUCCUCCUGGCUGCCAUGGCCUAUGACCGCUACGUGGCCAUCUGCUCACCCCUGCUCUACUCCACACAAAUGUCCUCCAGAGUCUGUUUUCUCCUGGUGGGGGCUUCUUACCUUGGUGGAAGCGUGAAUGCUUGGAUAUUUACUGGCUGUCUACUAAACCUGUACUUUUGUGGACCAAAUAAAAUCAAUCACUUCUUCUGUGACUAUUCACCACUCUUGAAGCUCUCCUGUCUUCCUGAUUUGACUUCUGAAGUAAUUCCAGCCAUCUCUUCUGGAUCCAUCAUUGUGGUCACUGUGUUUGUCAUUGCUCUGUCUUAUGUCUACAUUCUUUUCUCCAUCCUGAAGAUGCGCUCCACGGAGGGCCGCCAGAAGGCCUUCUCCACCUGCACCUCCCACCUCACAGCGGUCACUCUCUUCUUUGGGACCAUCACGUUCAUUUAUGUGAUGCCCAAGUCCAGCUACUCCACUGACCAGAACAAGGUGGUGUCUGUGUUCUACACGGUGGUGAUCCCCAUGUUGAACCCCCUCAUCUACAGCCUGAGAAACAAGGAGGUGAAAGAGGCCAUGAGAAAAUUGAUGGCUAAAAUUCAUUGGUGGUUCUAA